UGUAACGUCAAGUGUGCUAACUGUCGUGAAAGCACAUCGACGGAGAAAGACGUGAGCUGGACGCUAAUAAGUCAGUCUUAUGAUUUGUUCUUGUUCUCCAGUUUGAGAUAUUUACGUCGUAUAAAAUACAUCUUUAAUUCUUUAUUCAAGGAUACAAUCGUCUCGAUGCGCUAGAAGCACUGUGCCGCGUCUCCUGCUAUCUUUGCUUGUUAGUUAGCUUAGCUGGCUAGUUAGCUUAGCUUGUUAGCUUAGCUUGUUAGCUGCUAACAGAAGUUAUCAACACAUCGCUAAGUAGAGAUCAAGUGUGAGAGUAAAGUGUUGUGAUUGUGUGAAAAUGUCCACAUUACAAAUGUUGAGAGCGUUGGUGGAUCAGCGACUAACUGCUGCCGUUGAAGAAAUAUUUGUAGUGUUAGAAAGAACGAUUGCAGAAUACGAGGCGGAACUUUCCAGAACAAAAGAGGAGAAGUAUCAACUACUGGACGCUGUUUUCAAGAAACAUCAAGUUGUGUUACACAGAACAGACGUCGAAGAAGAACAUCUUCCUCAUGAGCAGGAAGAAGAGCCACAGCCCCACCACAUUAAAGAGGAAGAAGAGGUACCACAUUCCCAUCACAUUAAAGAGGGAGGGGAGGAGCCACAGCCCCCCCAUAUUAAAGAGGAAUGCGAGACACCACAGACCCAUAGUGUUAAACUGACCCUUCACAUUAAAGGUCAAGCGGAGGACCCACUGACCUUACACAGCAAAAAUGAAGAGGAGGACCCACUGACCCCUCACUUUAAGGAGCAAGAGAACCUGCUGACCCCUCACAUUAAAGAGGAAAAGGAGGACCCACUGAACCCCUACUUUAAAGAGGAAGAAGAGGACCAAGAGCCACUGCACAUUAAAGAGGAAGAGGAGGAACACCACAUCCGUCAGCCUAAAUGGUUGGAGGAGUUCCCACUGACUGGUGUCCCUGUGAAGAGUGAAGAUGAUGAGGUCAAAGGUGAAAGUGAGGAGAAGAGAGAGGCGGAGCCUCCAAGCAGCAGCUCAACACAACACAUGACAACAGAAGCUGAUGGAGACCACUGUGGAGGAUCACAAGCAGACAAGCUCUUAGCUCCACUAUCAGAUAGUGAGGACACAACGUCACACUCUCCUGACACUGAUGAUGAAGACUCUAAAGAUGAUAAGACAUGUCACACUGACAAUACUCACUUCAAAUGUUCUCACUGUGACAAAACCUUUAAAUACCAUAGUUAUCUGAAAAGACACAUGAGAACACACACCGGAGAAAAACCUUUUGCUUGCUCAGAAUGUGGUAAAUGUUUAGUAACAAGUUGCAAUUUGAAAGUACACAUGAGAACACACACCGGAGAAAAACCUUUUAUCUGUUCACUCUGUGGUAAAGGUUUUACAGAAAGUCAGAAUUUGAAAGUACAUAUGAGAAUACACACUGGUGAAAAACCUUUUUCUUGUUCAAUCUGUGGUAAAGGUUUUGCACAAAGUUCAUCAUUGGUAAAACACAGAAGAAGACACACCGGUGAAAAACCUUUUUCUUGUUCAAUCUGUGGUAAAGGUUUUGUUUUAAGUAACAAUUUGAAAGUGCACAUGAGGGUGAAAAAUCACAUUCCUGUUCAAUCUGCAACAGAAGCUUUUGUGACCAAUCAAACCUUGUAGCACACAUGAGAACACACCCAGGAGAGAAAGUGUUGAGUUGCAGUGUGUGUGGUGAAAGAUUAUCUUCUAAGUACCAGUGUAAGAAACACAAGUGUGCUGGUGAGAACAGCAGCAGCAAAUGAAACUGCAGGAUUUGAAAUAAACUGUCAAGACUUUAAUUUUGACUUUCUAACAACAUCAGCACAUAUAACAUGUGUGACAUUGUUGUUUGUGUAACAAUCUUUUUAAUAUGCUUCUACAUUUAUAGAUAACAUAUUUUAUAUUAGUGAUUUUUUCAGUCAAGUACAUGCAAUAAUAUGCAACAUUGUGUACUUUUAUUAAAAAUUGAACAGAACAAUUUGACUGAAAAGGUGAGAGUAAACAGUACAAGUCAUAUUUUACAUACAAUAAAUAUUUUAUGUGUAUAUAUACUCAUAAUACAAUUGUAGACUUAUUCAUAAUAGUGUUUUCUAUAUGUGUUUAAAAUAUUGAAGUAUUAAAUAUUUAUAUUUCUAAUUGUUAAUGACCCCAUAGAUUAGCACCUUUAUAUGAUAUACGUAUGUACUGGUUCACAUCUGAAACAUCUUCUGGACCACUUCAGGAAGCAUAUUAUUAUUUACUUUAUACAUCAUUUGAACAGUUGUGUUUAAUACAAUUUAAAAUGUGUGAUUUUAUGAAUCAUUUGUUGGGUCUCUAUAAUCCAUUUGAUUAAUUAUCUUUAUUACUCUCUUUUGUAAUAUGAUGAUUGUGUUGCGACUGUUUUAUAUGUAUGUCCCCAGACCUUUAUGCAAUAUAAAAAUUAGAUGAAAUGGCUGAAUUGUUUGUGGAAGGAUGGUUUUGUUUUUACAAACAUACAUUUGUGGAUUAAAACAAAACAACCUAUUAUUGUGUUUUAAACAUUUUUACGUUUUUUUUUCUUUUUUAACAUCCCCAAAACUAUAUCAAUAUCAAUCAAAGUUUGGAAUGUCAGGCAAUAGCCAAUAUUGUACAUCAUCCCACAGAG